AUGUCUUUCCGAACAGCAAGAACAGCUAUGGCUUCCUUGCGGUCUCCGGCUGCCUCGACACAGCGAUUGUCGCAAGUACAGCGGCAUUUCAGUGCUUCUGCCUCGGCCAAACAAGAGAUUCAAGAAGCGUACAUUUUGAGUGCCGCUAGAACGCCUACUGCUAAGUUCAAUGGCUCUUACACCACAGUUUCGGCCCCUCAACUUGGUGCUGUGGCGAUCAAAUCCGCCCUCGAGAAAUCCAAAGUCCCAGUCUCCAAGAUAACAGAUGUAUACAUGGGCAAUGUUCUUCAAGCUUCCGUAGGCCAAUCCCCAGCUCGGCAAGCUGCCAUUUUUGCAGGUCUGCCGAAUACAAUUGAAGCUAUUACAAUCAACAAAGUAUGCGCCUCCGGCCUAAAAGCUGUGGUCUUUGCGGCGCAGAAUAUCCAGCUGGGCCUGGCCGAAGCACAGAUUGCUGGUGGGAUGGAGAACAUGACACGAGUACCACUAUACACCCCUCGAGCGAGCGGGCUGCCGGCUUUUGGCAAUGUGACAAUGGAGGACGGUUUGCUGAAAGACGGACUUUGGGACGUUUACAACCAAUUCCAUAUGGGCGUGUGUGCUGAAACGACGGCAAAAAAUCACAAUAUCACACGCGAAAUGCAAGACGACUACGCGAAGCAGAGCUACUCUCGGGCACAGGAAGCGUGGAAAAAUAAUGCUUUCAGAGAUGAGAUUGCACCAGUGACUGUGAAGGGCAGGAAAGGCGACACAAUUAUCGACACAGAUGAGGGCUAUCUCGAUAUCAAACUCGACAAAGUUUCCUCUCUUAAGCCUGCUUUCGUGAGAGAUGGUACCGGCACUGUCACAGCAGCCAACUCGUCAACGCUAAAUGAUGGAGCUAGUGCCCUUGUGCUAGGAAAUGCUACUAUUGCACGGGAAUACGGUGCUGGCUCUAGAGUUUUGGCGAGAAUUUGCGGGUCUGCUGAUGCAGCUAUCGAUCCUGUUGACUUCCCAGUUGCUCCUGCGAAGGCAGUCCCUCUUGCAUUAGAAAGAGCCGGUAUCAAGAAGGAGGACGUAGCAAUUUGGGAAUUUAAUGAGGCAUUCGCGGCGGUUAUCAAGGCGAACGAGAAAAUCCUCGGUCUGGAAGGCGCAAAAGUCAACCCACUUGGAGGUGCCAUUUCACUAGGCCACGCACUAGGUAGUUCGGGAUCUCGAAUUCUGACAACGCUUCUCCAUCAAUUAAAGGUUGGUGAGUAUGGUGUUGCAGCUAUCUGCAACGGAGGUGGUGCUGCUACCGCACUUGUUGUGCAGAGGAUCGACAGUGUAUGA